AUGCAGAGUGCGUACGUUACCUUUUGCACAGGCGUGCAGAUCCCAAUGCUGCCCCUGGGGGGCGUUCUCCUCUUCAUGAAGCUUGUGCUGGAGGGCAUGAUGACUGUGUCCAACUACUACUGGAGCAUGGUGCAAACCCCAACAAACGCAGUGAUGAUGGGCGGACUCCUCUACACAUAUGUGAGAUAA